GGUAGGAGUAUAAAGGAAGUGUUCUAUUACAUAAGGUUGACAUUUGGCUAACGCAUCGACAAGGUGGAUACGUCGACAAGGUGUUUUCUCCAAAGCUAAAAGAUUUCAAAGCUGAGAAGUAAUUCGAAUUAGUUCGCUCGAGUUUAACAGGUAAGAAAGCGUGAAAUGGACGAACCUUACCUCCGGAAGCCACGCAUAGUCUAUCGAACUGGUGUCCCCAACCCAUUGACGCUCGAUCAAUACAGCGCUGUUCUCGAUAAAGUUGAAAAAAAUCGAAAUUUGGUAUGUACCAAUGGACCAAUGUAUCGACCAGACGGUGGUACCAUUGUGGUAUAUGACUGUACUCUUUAUCCGCGUGGUACCCUGAACGAUGACCAGGUACGGCGCACAUUCCGCGUUGAUGGUUAUCGAUGGGGGAAUUCCAAGGGUGUUCAUAAUUUGAGCAAUGGAUUGCAAAAACGAUACAAUUUACUUUAUUGCAAAAAUGACCCACAUGGCGAUGAUAGGUUUAUACGUUGCGAAUAUUCGAGAGAACCAUGUGGUUUGGUGCUUUUUCAUUACAUUGGCGAUCAUGUUGUAGCAGCCCAGGUGUCCGAUAAUGCACCGCACGGAAAUGCCAAACGAACCAAUCAGCCAUUUCUCCGUACAUUACCAAUUAUAUUACAAGAAGUUAAAGAACAGAGUAUCAUGAACAAUAAUGCGGUUGAGAUAUACGACCGACUGACGGAGCAAAGUAUUUAUGACCAAUGCGCGACCAGCUCGCGAGUUACGCCACGCAGAUUACGUAACAAGGAACAAGUAAGGAACGUAAUGAAAUCAUUCCGACAGAAGCUGGCCCGGAAUAGUUUGUACAUUCAUCCACGGCCAACAUCCGUGUAUGUUACGGAACAGGAAGCAACAGAGCUUGGGAGACGUGUUUUGCGCAGAUCGAAUUCAGAAUUAGACAGAAAUCAAGUGGAGGCUAUUGAAGGCAGUGUUUUUGAAGAACACGAAAUGCCGGACGGUCAACCGCCUGUCAUAUUGAAAAAAGCUCGAAUUGAAGACGAUUCGGAGUCAAGCUAUGCACCGAUUGAUGUAACAACGGUUGAUACCCAAACCAUAAAAACGCGAGCGCCUUAUGGACCGGAUCAUUCGUUCGUUCGGCAAGGCGGUAAAUUUCAUCUUUUGAUUGGUAUAACUGGAUCAGUUGCGUCAAUCAAACUUCCCGAGCUUAUCACGGAACUUCAUAAGAAUAGUCCUAAAGAGAAAUUGGUCAUUCGAAUAGUUGCAACCGAUGCCGCUCGAACAUUUAUUGAUGAGUCAGCAUUUGAUGUUCCCAUUUAUAAUGAGUUGGAUGAAUGGAAUAUGUGGAAGAAGCGUGGCGAUCCAAUUCUACAUAUCGAACUAAGGGAAUGGUCGGAUGCGAUGCUGAUUGCACCAUUAGAUGCAAAUUCGUUGGCUAAAAUGGCGAAUGGCAUAUGCGAUAAUGUCUUGCUCUCCAUUGUACGAGCAUGGGAUCCACGAAAACCCUUGUACUAUGCACCAGCGAUGAAUGUUGCCAUGUGGGAUAAUCCACUAACGUAUCAGCAUCGUAAAGUUUUGAAGGAUUUGUUACGAUAUAAGGAAAUACCGCCAAUUGAGAAAGAAUUAAUGUGUGGUGAUACUGGCUUAGGAGGUAUGGCAACCGUCCAGAUGAUAGCAUCAAUUGUCGCUAGCGAAGUGAAGAAUCGUUUCGCUAUUUACUCCGAUAAUUCAUCAGCAUAAAAUCUUGCUGUGUGUCUUUGUUCCUCUCUCUCUCUCUGCGUUUCAUAAUAUACUGUUGUUCCAUUACUGAUUAUGUAAAUGAAUUUGACUCAUUUUGUAGUGUACAAAAGAUUCGGAACUAUUCUCUUUUAUACUUUGCUGUCAACAGCAGAUCAACUGCGUUGAAAUAGUUUGUGACCGAUUCCAUCGGUCUAUUUCUAGAAAAUUGUGCUCUUUUUUCUGACAUAUGAUCGUUUCCACCGGAGAAAGACAUAACAAGGAAUGGUUGAAGCACC